GGUUAGUCCAAAAUUAUCAUAACAACUGGUAAAUUAAUCGGACUGAAUCUUGUAUUCUCAUCUGGACCAACAGUAGAUCUGUCCGGUCCAGAUCCACUUUUGGGAGACCUACGGUCUCUGGUGGUUUCUGAUUUUGCUGUGAAAAUGUUGAUCGAAUGGACCCGGAUAUGCGGUUUGGUCUGGACCAAGUGGUUAUCCCGGUUCAAAACUUUCAUAGAAUAAUGGCUCGUGGUCCGGUUAGUGACUUUUAGGUUGUGGAUUGUGGUUCAAACACAGCGGAAUAACCAUGCGGUUCGGAUUUUUAGCGUGUGAACCACGGUUCAAACCAAAUCGCGGUUCAAUGGUGCGGUUCACCUCGGCCGAUUACGGUUCGAGCUGCUGCUCGCGAUCAGUCAGAUGCGUAAAGAAAUUCAUCAAUAUCAGCGAAGUUGAACUCUUAACAAUUUUCAUAAAAAUAAGGGCAGACUUCACUUAUACCCUAGUGGUUUAGGCCAUAUGCGGAUACAACCCUUUUAUGUUCAUUUUGUCGCAGGGAUGAUCCGAAACGGGGGCAUGCGGGGGAAUGUGCCCCACUCGAAAUUAAAAUAUUUUGGAAAUAUUUUUUUUGUAUAAAUUAGUAUAAUAAUUAUAAAAGUGUGCUAAUAUAGAAUUAGUUUUAUGCUUGAAUUUUAUCAUAUGGUGUAUUUAUACUUAUUGUUUUAUGAGUUGUUUGUUUAUUUGGAGUUAUUCUUUAUUGAUUCUCUUUAUUUUUAACCAUCUUGGAAGAAAUAUUUUAAAAUAAAGUCAUUAACAAAACUAGCUUGAUCAUUCUAAAACUUGUCGAUGUUCAUUUAAAACAUACUUUAAAAAUUUUGUACGAGAUUUUGUGCUUAUUUUUAGCUAAUUUAACUUAAAGUACGAGUUAUAAACUUUUGUAGUUAGUAAUGCAUGUCUUAGUUUUGUAGGAUCUUACUAUGGUUGACAAAAAAAAAAAAAAAACUUUCAUCAUUAUAAUUAACAGGUGUCCCCUAGGCUAUACUCGUGGAUCCGUCCCAGCUUUGUUGCAUCUACACCCUCUGUGCUUUGUGAAAAAUUGCAUCUGCACCUAAAUCAGUCCAUGUUAACGGAGGUAUAUCUCACACGCAUCUUGAAUCCGACCAAUGAAUUAAAAAUUUAAUCUAAACUGUUUCAUAACGUAUUAAUCAAAGAGUAGUGCAUCUCAGUAAAAAAAAUCACGUCGAUUGAAAAAAAUAAUAAUAAUAACGCAGUAAUCGGGGAACGUUAUUCUUAUUUAAAUGAAAGGUAAUUUAAAUUUGAAAAUUUACUUCUUAAACAAUUCUAUUCGACUACGACGUUUUCAAUUUUUCAAUCGACUUAAAUUUUAGUACAGUGCAAUACGCGUCAAUGUCUACAAUAUCAAGGAUUUGGAUUCAAUUUUCAUCAUUUUCCAUUACUGAAUUUCAUAAUUAUUUUUCAUCAUUAUUUUUGUACAAUUAUUUUUGUUUGCAUUUUUAGUAAUCAAGAAGAAUCUAAGAUUACUACACGAACAGGGUUCCCAUAUUGGGGUUUGGAAUGUGAUUUCGAGAUUCUCCUUCAGGUAAGGGCGUUCUUAUUUUAAAUAAAAUGCGGACGUCCCUUUUACUAUUAUUUUCCGAUCAAAUUUCGAUGAUCUAAUUCCUUCAAUGUGUUCAGAACGUGAUUUUAAGGAUACUCACGAUAAAUCAGAAAAGAAAUGAUAGGGAAUGUUUUGAUUUAAGCAGUUUUUAUUUAAACCGUUCGAUAAAAUACAAACAAAAACUGCUCGGACCAAGUCAUUUCCUAUCUCUUUUUUUUUUGCUGAUUUCUCGUGGGUACCCUUAAAAUCAUGUUUUGAAUAUAUUGAGUGGCUCGAAUCAUCGCAAAUUAGUCGAGAAAUGAACGUCCAUAACUUAAUACAGUAAGAAUGACGUUACUUAAUAUUUUGUGGUGAUUUCGAUUUGGAUAAGUCAUCAAGAAUUUGUUUCCUAUUCCAUCAUGUUUCGAUUUGAAUAAUUCUAAUCCUAAAAGAUUUCCAAAAAAUACUUACAAGCCAUCUACACCUAUCACAAUUCGUUGAGUGCGGCUCAUAUAAAUUGACAGAUACAGAACGAACGUAUACGCACAAUGGGUAUUCUUCUCCCUCUCUCUCUACUUCUUCCAUUCUUACAGGAAUUUGUAAAUAUUUUCCCACAUGGUGAAGCAACUAAUCAAGGACGAAAAAGCCCGAAACUUGACUUACAAGAAAAGAAUGAUCUCAAUCAAGAAAAAGACCACGGAGCUGGCGACCCUGUGUGGAAUCGAAGUAUGCGCCAUUGCUUUCGGCCCCGACGGGGAGAUCGAUUCGUGGCCGGAGAAGCCAGCCGACGCGAGAGCCAUGAUCGGCGUGUACAAAGACAUGUACUCAAGGACCCUAAAGAGUACCGAAGCUACUACGGAAACAGAGGCUCGAACGGAUGCGAAUUCGGACGAUGAGAAGAUCGCGAAUUUGGAGAGGGAAAUCGCCGACGCGGAGAGGGAGAAUCGGAGAAAGAUUAUGAGGAUGAUGGAGGCCAUGAAUCACGCAUUGAGCGAUCGAAUAGAGUUUUUGAAGGCGGUGGACGACGAACGCCGGAGUAAAACAGGGGAAAAGAAAGCUGGUUCUGUGGGGAAAGACAUUAAUGGUGAGGAAUUACCAAUUGUUGUAAAUUCUGAAAUUUUGGUGGGUUACAGAAGCCUUUUUGGAUCUGUUUUGGUGGGUCUGUUGCUGAACGUUGGAGGGAAUUCAAAUUUUUUAGACAGUUGAGAGAUAAAUUUGAGUAAGAUUGUGGUUCAGCUCAUGUUUGGUACAAACUUUUUCCUUAUUAUAUUUCAAUUCAAUUUGUUUUUUCUGUAAUUUUUUUAUUUUUUAUUUUUGGGUGCUUUUGCACUUGGGAGCCGGGGUUUUUUCGAUGAACAUAGAGGCGUUUAUUUUUUUUGUUGUUGUAUUUUUUGCGUAAUUGUACGAACUUUUUCACAUGGAGCCUUCUGUAUUUCUCUGAGCAGGAGCACCAAACACCAAACAAUAUAAACACUUGCGCAAACAAUUAGAAGUGGUUUUUUUUUUUUUUUUUUUGCUUAAUUGUACUGACUUUUUCACAUGGAGUGACCUUUCUGUGUUUCUCUAAGUGGGAGCACCAAACAGUAUAAACACUUGAACAAAAAAUUAAAAGUGGUUUUUUUUUUGUUUUUUUGUAAUUGUACUGACUUUUUCAAAUGGAGUGACCUUUCUGUGUUUCUCUUAGCGGGAGCACCAAACAGUAUAAACACUUGCGCAAACCAUUAAAAAUGGGUUUUUUUUGUAUAUUUUUUUUUGCAUAAUUGUACGGACUUUUUUACUUGGAGUGAGCUUUCUGUAUUUCUCCAAGCGGGAGCACCAAACAGUAUAAACACUUGCACAAACGAUUAAAAGUGUUAGUGCAAGUGUGUGCGACUGUAAUAAACACUUGCACAAACGAUUAAAAGUGUUAGUGCAAGUGUGUGCGACUGUAAUAAAAUUAGGUUGUUUACAUAUGAUCCAGGAAACAACAGGCAAUGUUUUUAAGUUUAUAGAACACGCGUCUGCAAUCCGGAUUGUCAAUCGGAAGGAACAACUACUCUGGCACAAUCUUAUUUCAUGGAUAGGAUUCUCCAAAUACAGAAGUGAUGAAGCAAGAAUUGUGGCUAUUCCUCUUUCUUUUGGCGGAGGAAAAAAAAAAGGUGCAAAUCCCUAGUGAUGAAUAACAUUAGAAAGGACCUGGCCCCGGACCUCCGGGUGGUCCGCCUGGUCCUGGACCUCCGGGCGGACCACCAGGUCCAGGCGGUCCAAGUGGACCACCUGGAGGUCCAAAGGGAAUGGGAAGUGGACCGGGUCCUGGCGGGCCACCGGGAGGCCCGGGAGGACCACCAAAGCAAUCUUGCAGCAGCC